AUGCGGCCCCUUUGUCCCUGCUGGUCCUGCUACUGUCUGCUCCUGAUUUCCUCCUUGGGAGUCCAGGGGACCCCAGUGGCUCCCAGGGCUGACCCUGAGCAAGUCCACCUCUCUUACCCAGGUGAGCCGGGCUCCAUGACUGUAACCUGGACCACAUGGGUCCCCACCCCGUCCGAAGUGCAGUUCGGACAGCAGCUAACGGGCCCCCUGCCCCUCCGGGCUCAGGGCACCUUCAGCCGCUUUGUGGAUGGGGGCCUUCUCCGGCGGAAGCUCUACAUACACCGGGUCACGCUGCGGGAGCUGCUGCCGGGGGUCCAGUAUGUUUACCGCUGUGGCAGUUCUCAGGGCUGGAGCCGUCGGUUCCGUUUCCGGGCGCUGAAGAAUGGUCCCCACUGGAGCCCCCGUCUGGCUGUGUUUGGGGACCUGGGGGCUGACAACCCGAAGGCCUUCCCGCGGCUGCGCAGGGACACCCAGCAGGGCAUGUACGAUGCUGUUCUCCACGUGGGAGACUUCGCCUACAACAUGGAUCAGGACAAUGCUCGAGUCGGGGACAAGUUCAUGCGGCUCAUCGAACCUGUGGCCGCCAGCCUCCCCUAUAUGACGUGCCCUGGGAAUCACGAAGAACGCUACAACUUCUCUAACUACAAGGCCCGCUUCAGCAUGCCAGGGAACAACGAAGGCCUGUGGUACAGCUGGGAUCUGGGCCCUGCGCACAUCAUCUCCUUCUCCACCGAGGUAUACUUCUUCCUCAGUUACGGUCACCACCUGGUAGAGAGACAGUUCCACUGGCUGGAGAGCGACCUCCAAAAAGCCAAUAAGAACCGGGCAGCCCGGCCGUGGAUCAUUACCAUGGGCCACCGGCCCAUGUACUGUUCCAAUGCUGAUUUGGAUGACUGUACAUGGCAUGAAAGCAAGGUUCGCAAAGGCCUCCGUGGCAAGUUCUUUGGGUUGGAGGAUCUUUUCUACAAAUAUGGGGUCGACCUGCAGCUGUGGGCUCAUGAGCACUCCUACGAACGCCUGUGGCCCAUUUACGACUACCAGGUAUUUAAUGGCAGCCGAGAGAUGCCCUACACCAACCCUCGAGGCCCGGUCCACAUCAUCACAGGAUCUGCCGGCUGUGAGGAGCGGCUGACCCUCUUCUCCCUCUUCCCGAGGCCCUGGAGCGCCGUGCGCGUGAAGGAGUACGGAUACACGCGGCUACAAAUCCUCAACGGGACCCACGUGCACAUCCAGCAGGUGUCAGACGACCAGGACGGGAAGAUCGUGGAUGACAUCUGGGUGGUGAGACCCCUGGUUGGCCGGAUGACGUACCUCUAG